GCGAAACCACGUCCAAAAUAAACGGAGACCUCGUUCGCGACGACCGCCGAGCCUGCUUGUCUGGAACUAACCUAUAAUAUAGUAUUGCACGUGUCGGCUCAUUGUUUGUGCGUUUUGAAAUAAAAUUUACAAACAAUAGUUACAUUCGGCGCGCCGCGUUAACCCAAAUACUAGGUUAAACAAGCACAGUGAAUAAUCAAUCAAGAAAUAACUAAAAAUCGCAAAAUGACGGAGGUUUUACAACCCGGCGCAGAAGUGUUUUCGGAGAAGAAAAAGAAGAAAGCCAAAGAAGGAGUAUCUUUGGGUACGUUUCAAAAGCUCGGAGAUUUUAAAAUCGAGCCCACAGAGAGUGUAACUAAGUUAGAUACAGCAUAUUGGCCUUUGUUAUUGAAGAACUUCGAUCGUCUCAAUGUGCGCACUAACCAUUACACGCCGCUGCCAUUCGGCCACUCGCCGCUGAAACGUCCGAUUGGUGAAUAUGUGAAGGCUGGCUUUAUUAACGUAGACAAACCGAGCAAUCCAAGUUCCCACGAAGUUGUCUCAUGGAUAAAACGCAUUUUAAAAGUGGAAAAGACGGGUCAUUCCGGCACGCUAGAUCCCAAAGUGACGGGUUGUUUGAUCGUGUGCAUUGACCGCGCGACGAGACUUGUGAAGUCACAACAGAAUGCCGGUAAGGAGUACGUGGCUGUUUUUAGUUUGCACUCAGCUGUGGAGAAUGUACAAAAAGUCACACAAGGUUUGGAGAAGCUGCGGGGUGCUCUGUUCCAGCGGCCGCCUCUUAUCUCGGCGGUCAAGCGUCAGCUGCGUGUGCGAUCAGUAUAUGACAGUAAACUACUCGACUUCGACACGGAGCGCAAUAUUGGUGUGUUCUGGGUGAGCUGCGAGGCUGGCUCCUACAUCCGUACCAUGUGUGUACACUUAGGACUCAUGCUUGGUGUCGGUGGACAGAUGAUUGAGCUCCGAAGAGUCCGUUCUGGCAUCCAAGGAGAACAGGAAGGCAUGGUGACUAUGCAUGACAUCUUAGACGCCCAAUGGGCAUAUGAAAACCACAAAGACGAGACGUACCUGCGUAGAGUCAUCAAACCAUUGGAAGGUUUACUAGUAGCACAUAAGAGAAUAUUCAUUAAGGACAGUGCGGUCAAUGCAGUCUGUUAUGGAGCUAAAGUACUACUUCCUGGUAUUUUAAGGUACGAAGAUGGUAUCGAAAUUGACCAAGAAAUAGUUAUUGUAACUACUAAAGGUGAAGCAGUCGCAUUAGCUAUUGCUAUGAUGACCACUUCAACAAUGGCAUCCUGUGACCAUGGUGUAGCGGCUAAGCUGAAGAGAGUAAUCAUGGAAAGAGAUACAUAUCCAAGGAAAUGGGGCCUAGGACCGAAGGCAUCCCACAAAAAGCAGCUUAUAUCGCAAGGGAAACUAGACAAAUUUGGCAAGCCCAAUGAGAAUACACCAGCUGAGUGGUUAAAUAGUUAUGUAGAUUAUAAGGUGAAGAAUGAGAAUGGUACCGUUGAGGCUGAGGCUGAGGUUGGUAGGAAGAGGACUGCUAGCACUGCGAAUGCUGAUGAUCCGAACAACUCAAUAGAAGUUAAGUCAGAGAAGAAAAAGAAGAAGAAGAAGAGGGACAGUGAAGCUGCUGAUGUUACAAUGGAGGAUGGCGCCGGCGAUGCCACAGUUGAGGCCGAAACAACGACAGAGGUCGACACGUCAUUACGCAAAGAAAAGAAAAAAAAGAAAAAGAAGGACCGAGACCAAGAAAAGGCAGAUGAAUAAAUAAAACUGUACCAUAAUACUAUAGAAUUUAAGUUGAGAAUAUUAAAUAAGCAGAAAAAGAUAGAAAUAAGCAAUAUUCAGUUCAAGUGAUAAAUCCGAUUCGAUAAGAAUGUCCUUUUGCGCGGUUUCGCGCCUUUUUGUUUUUUUUUUAUUCUGACAUUUGUAACAGAUCGAUUUUUUUUAAUUACGUGUCGAAACUCCUUCGUAGUUUACUGUGUAACUUUGGAGUCAAUUGUAGAAUUUUAUUUAUAAAUUGACUCCGAUCAAGUUUUUAUUAUAAAUAAGAUGUGGUGAUACUCUGUACCAGACUAUGUAUUUGUCUCAAUGUUGUAGUAAUUAGUGCCUAGUAAAUAUCAAUUCUUUCAGAAUCAUCAACAUUCGUAGAUUCCAGUGUUUUUCACGAUUGUUAUUGUAACACUAUAUAACCUUUUUUAAAAUACAUGUUUAUCGAUAAAACUGAACUUAACCUCCCAUCUUAUAUCUAGAUUCUAGAUAAAUAGGUUACGCUAGUUUAAUUAAUGUCUAUGGUCGUUGAAUAAAAUUGAAGUUUUUCGCAUA